GGAGCCUCGGCGCUCCUCCUGGUUGGGAAUUUCUUUAUUUUUUGGGGGGGAGGGAUGAAAGCACAGCCGCUCGCGGGCAGGCCGAGGGGGGGCUCGCUGCUCCCCCCAGCCUUAUCUGGCCGGAGCAGGCGGGAGCGUGGAGCUGAUGUCUCUGUUAAAUGGGGCUCAGCUCAGAUGAAACGCCCUCCGACGCAAUCCAAUUAACUCCCAAAUUGAAUAGCGAUGCUCUGCCCGAUGUCCCCCCCCCCAGCCCGGUGUGCGGGAAGGGGUCAGCUCGGGUUUAAUCAGAUGCAGCCACCAAAAGGCCUCCCCACGCAUCCCAGGGCUGUGGGGAAACUGAGGCAGGGCUCAGCACACAGGGGCAGGCAGCGACCCCCUCCUGGGGGCUCCGGGAGCUUCCGACACCAAAAAGAAGGGAAAUGGGGGAUUUUUCCCCCCCUCUGAUCUUCCUAAGCCGCUGCAGCAAUUUUGCUCUGAUAAGCAAAUCUGCGCUUAUCCCAUCGCGGGGACAAUGACGGAAUUGGGCUUAGCACUUGUCCAGGGAGGUAUUUUUGGGGUUGGGGGGGGGGGGGAGGAUGCUGCCAGGGCUUCAGACACCUCGGAGCUCACAACGGGACGAGUCGGAGCAGCCUCAGCCUGCGGCCCCCCCGGGCAUGGGGGAGAGGGAGCGACGGAUGCGAUCGGCUGAAUCGAUGCCAGCAGAUGAGAGACAUCAAAGUGUCUCCUAGCAAUUUGUUAAGUAAAUAAAAAAAAAAAAAAAAUCACAAAACUUGGCCUAAGCAAAUAGGGGAAGGAGGGGGGCGUCUCGUCGGGGCGGAUGAAAGGCUGCGGAGCCGCGUGUGGAACGGCUCGCCAGGCAGGGAAAGCUUCAGAGGAUUGUAAAUGACGGGGAAAAAAAAAUAAAAAAUGAAAUAAAAUAAAAUAAAAAUCAGCAGGAGUUUCAAAGCUGCUGCGGUUUCAGAUGUGGCUGCGCAGCCUUUCAUCCCGGAGCCCUGCAGGAAGGAGAGAUGCAUGUGGGGAUGUUCGGGAGCGGUACAGGGGAAGAGGAGCGCAAAUACCCUUAACUCUGCCCUCCCCACAGGUCCCAGCUCCAUUUUGGGGAGCAUUUUGGGCAGCCCCUUCCCUCCUGCGCCCCUGUCCCCAUCGCUGGGGUGGUGCUGGGACAAGCAGAAGCUUUUGGGGUGAAAAUAGGGGAAAAUGGGUGUUGGCAGGGCAGGGAGGUGCUCCGAGGCAGGAGGCUGGGGCUGGGUGUCUGGUCCCCGUCCCCGUGCAUUAUUGAUGGGGAGGAUAAUUGCCUGCUUCCUACCGGCUCCGUGAUGAAAAAUUCAUAUCCCGGGACGAGCGCUGGGGGCUCCAUCGACCCACACCGGGCUCUUUGUUCCCUAACAGCAACCUGGGGGGGACACGGGUGCGGGGGGCCACAGCAGGUGGGGUGCUUGGAGCCCUCGCUGGGUGUCCCCAUGGCUGGGGACAACGUGUGGGGACCCCAAAGGAGGGGGCGAGGUGGGGAGCACGGCUUCACGCCCUCCCCGGGGAUGAAUGCGGGGUGGGAGCGGGGCAUUUCCCUGCGCCUUUGGGCACCUCUGCUCCACGCCAGCUCCGAGCCGGCGUCGCCCAGCCCGUGGAUCUGAGGGGCCGCGGGGGCUCAGAAGUUAAUGGAGCAUUUGAAAGCCACGAGCCGAGAUCCAAGGCAUGGAAAUGAGGUGCCACCAGCGAGGAGCUGCCGCGGGACCCGCCACCAGCCUGCCUGGGAGCGGGAGAUAAGGCAGGGGCGGGCUGGGGACCAGGACUUUGGUGGCUUUGGGGGGCUGUCAGGGGGACGGGGCAGCUCUGCCCCACUCGGGCAGCAGCAGAGCCGGAGGUUUUGAGGGCAAAACUGUGAUUUCUGCUGCCCUGCAGUGGGAGGGAGCCCAGCCCGGGUUGCUAAGAGCAGGCUUGUGUUGUGGUGACAGCAGAGGAUGCUGCAGGGCUCUGCUCCGGCUGCUCCGAGCCCCUCGGGGGCACCCCCAGGUCCCCAGGAUGGGGACAGCACCCGGACAGGGUCACCGCCACCCCUGCCUUUGUUGGGUGGCUCCAUGGUGCAGCCGCCGACCCCUGGCUCUGGUGUCCCCUCGCAGCCCCACCGGGACGCCGUGGCCCUGCCACCAGCUGACGCCGUGAGCAGCAUCCUGCCCGGGAUGCCACAGAGGUCCCGGGCCAUCCCCAGGGAGCUCCAGCAGCGGGAGGCGAGCAGGUACCGCCUGGCGCUGAAGAGGAUGGCAGGAGACCUCCUGUCCCUGCGCCGGCACGUCACCAGCCUGGAGGUGGAGAACGGGCACCUACGGCACCGGCUGGCCGGGCACGAGGAGCCGGGCGGCGCGCUGCUUGCCGACCUGGACGUGGACGUGAUGACCAGGGAGGAGGUCCUGGACCGCCUGGGUGCGUGGUCAGGGAGGGCGGAAAAGGGGACGCCCCUCUGCGGGGGACCCCGCUGUCCCCUGGUCGUGUCCCACAAGCUGAGGAUGUGGCCUGGGGCUCUGGCAGCCACCCUGAAGGGCGAGCUGGUGGCGGGCGCGAUGGAGAUGCGGCGGCUGAAGGACCGCGUGCAGCAGCUGCAGAACGAGCUGAUCCGGAAAAAUGACCGGGAGAAGGAGCUGGUGCUGCUCCAGCGAGCCCACCGGCAGCAGCAAGCCGCCCUCAGGAGGUGCCAGGAGCAGGCGGCCAGGGCGAAGGGCCUGGAGGAGACGGUGAGGCAGCAGGAGAAGGUGAUCAAGGUGAUGGAGCGGGUGCUGCAGGACAGGCUCUCCAUGAGCAGCGAGAAACCAGCAGGGGACCUGCACGCCCUGCUGCUGGCUGAGAACCGCAGGCUGCGGAGGAGCUGGCGAGACCCCUGCCGGGACAUCUUCGGUGGCACGGAGAAGCUGUCGCUGCUGGCCAGGCUGGAGGAGGCACAAGCCCGAGGGCGUGUGAUGGAGAGGCAGCUGGAGGAGGCGGCGAGGAGGUGGGGACGGGAGAAGCAGGAGCUGGGCACGCGGCUGCUGGAGCAGGAGCACGGCUUCGGGGGCUCGGCCACCUGCUCUCCCCACAUCCCCACCUCGAAACACCCCCCAGGCUCCACCUUCCCCCCGAGGAGACCCCGGACCCUGGACCCCCUGCCCUAGGGGGUCCUCGGGGGCAGGACGCCGGAGACACUCGGAGAUGCGAAAUUCAUGCUCAUGGCAAAGAGCUGCUGC